GUUGCUUCCGGCAGAGGCGCACCCGUCAUCCGGUUUGCUACUUAAAAUUUCACCGGAGCCACACACGUCUUUCUUAUCAGCGCCUGUAAUACAACUUUUCUCCGAUAAUGGACGCGGGAUUCUUCCGCGGUACAAGUGCGGAGCAAGACAACCGUUUCAGCAACAAGCAGAAGAAACUGCUGAAGCAGCUGAAAUUUGCAGAAUGUCUGGACAAGAAGGUGGACAUGACCAAAGUGAACCUGGAAGUCAUCAAACCUUGGAUUACUCAGCGAGUGACAGAGAUUCUGGGGUUCGAAGAUGAUGUCGUCAUAGAGUUCAUAUUUAACCAGCUUGAGGAAAAGCACCCAGAUAGCAAGAUGAUGCAGAUCAACCUGACAGGCUUCCUGAAUGGGAGGAAUGCCCGGGAGUUCAUGAAGGAUCUGUGGCCCUUGCUGCUUAGUGCCCAGGAGAACAUUGCUGGCAUCCCGUCUGCUUUUCUGGAACAGAAGAAAGAAGAAAUUAAGCAGAGACAGAUUGAACAGGAGAAGCUAGCUUCUUUGAAGAAGGUCGAUGACGAUAAGAAGGAAAAGGACAAGGAGAUGAGAGAGAGGGCUCAGUCAAAGAGCCCAAGGAGGCGGAAGACGAGGUCACCUUCACCACGGCGAAGGUCGCCAGUGAAGCGGGAAAGGAAACGUAGUGCCUCACGCUCCCCGAGACGCAAACCCAGUCCAGUUGGUGGCAAUUCACCCCCAACUCCCCCCCUGAUGCCGUUGCCCAUUAAACCUUUGGAGCAGCCUGAGGACCUAGAUGCACCAGGAAGAGCCAUGCCAGAACCAGUCAUACCAGAAACCUCUUCCACCUGUGAGACAGUUGUGGAGGUGGUGAAAGCAGACUCAGUGGUUGAAGUGAAAGAACCUUCUCCAGAAAAGACUCAGAAGAAAGAGGAGAGGCCCAGGUCCCGGGAAAGGGAGAAGGACGGUAAGAGGGAAAGACCUCACCACCGUUCUCGUUCUCAUUCCCGCUCGCGCCGGCGACGCUCCCGCUCUAGGUCCUACUCCCCUCGUAGAAGGCCGAGUCCCAGGAGGAGAAUGUCUCCUCGUCGAAGGAGCCCCCCCAGACGUGGCCCACCCAACUCCAGACAAAGGCAUAGACGCUCCCCUGUCCGCAGGAGGCGCUCUCACUCUGCUUCAUCCUCUGGCAGCAGCACAUCCGGCUCUCGCUCACCUAAAAAAGCAGUGAAAAGAAUAUCUAGCACACCACCCCGAAAACCGAUCCAUCAUCCUGACACUUCCAUCAGCCCUGCAGGGAAGGACAGACGAUCACCAUCUCCACGGGCCAGAAGAGGCAGAGGCUCUCCAUCACCAGCAAGAUCAUCUGGUUUAAAGCGAAAACCAGGAGGAAGGGGUGAUUCUCCAUCUGAUAAUACCAAGCCUAGACCUUCUGAAGGGUCUGAGUCAGAGGAGGAUAAAAAUGAGAAAGGGGCAACAGCAGAUUCGGUGCAGCAGCGACGUCAGUAUCGCAGGCAGAAUCGACAGUCUUCUUCAGAUACAGGGUCUUCCUCCUCAGAAGACGAGGGGCCUAAGAGGCCAGCAGUGGGGCCAGGUGCCAAAAAUGGUGAAGUCAGGAGGAGACGUAGCCGUACGCCCUCCCCACGGAGGAGACACAGGGAUGUCUCCCCAAGGAAAAGACGUUCUCCAUCUCUUGGGCGCAGACGGCGCUCCCCUUCUCCCCCACGACGUCGCAGAUCUCCUUCUCCUCCUAGACGAAGGUCUCCUUCCCCACCUCCCCGCCGUCGCUCUCCAUCUCCGAGACGAUAUUCUCCCCCUAUCCAGCGUCGCUACAGCCCCUCCCCUUUGCCUCCACAGAAGAGGAGGAUGUCUAACUCUCCCACAAAGCGCUCUUCUCCAGGGGCCAAGCGACGCCUCUCCAGGUCCCCCAAACGCAGAAGUUCUCCUCCUCAAAGGAGACGCACACCUCCAUCCUCCUCAUCUCCACCCAGACACAGGAGGAGCCCCAUGUUGCCUUCUGUCAGGCCAAGCAGGGAUACACGAUCCCCUGUUGCAGCAGCCAGCCGCACUGUUAGGGGUUCCACCAGUCCUCAGGGACGUUUUGAAACCUUCAAUACAUCUCCAUCUAACCAGCGGAGACAGUCUCCUUCACACAGUGGCAAACCCAUCCGCAGAGUGUCCCGCACGCCAGAGCCACGCAACAGCCAGAGACCAUCUCUGAGUCCCCAGCCUAUGAGGAGAGCAUCCUCUAGAUCCAGAUCGGUUUCCCCUCGACCGGCAGCUCUUAAACGUCCAGCCCCUGCAUCUGCCUCCCCUUCACCAUCUCGCUCAGCCAGCGUGUCUCCACCACCAGCCAAAAAGGCCAGCAGUGGUUCCGGCAGUCAAUCCCCAAACAAGAAUUCUGAUGUUGACGGCAGUGGAAAGAAAAAGAAAAAGAAGAAGGAAAAGAAACACAAGAAAGAGAAGAAGCACAAGAAGCACAAGAAGCAUAAGAAGGAGAAGAGCACCAGUGGCACUGCGACUGGAGACGGACAAGAAAACCAGGGUGUGGAGGAAGAUGGCGAGUCAAGAAAGGCAAAGAAUCAGACAGUGAAGUAGAUGACACCUUGGACGACCUGGAGAAGCACCUACGAGAGAAGGCCCUGCGCUCCAUGAGAAAGGCCCAGAUGUCUCCAUCACAGAUGUCCUGAAAACAAAAGGGCUUUCUCACUUUUUAAUUUUCCACUCACUCUUGAUGUUUGUCAUCAACCUGGUUCAGCUUUAGAAUGUACAAAUUGUUAAAUCUUGAGUCUUUUGUUUUCUUUUUACUGGUUUGGUACAUUCUGAAGGGUGUGUUUCAUUAAGAGCUUGAUUUGUCAGUUAGUGUAUUAUCUAAACUGUAAAGAAGCUUGUGUUGUCCCUAAUUUUAAAAAAAAUCUAGAGCAGGGAAACGGUUUAAGCUCAGAGGUGUGAAUUGGGCAGGUUACAAAUAUUUUUCCUCAACGUACAGUAGAUUCCAUAGAGAAAUGAUUGCAUGUGCAGUGAUUGUCUCUGAUGUGCAUGAACCACUGACCUUAUGGAGUGUAGAGAGAAACCAACAUACAGUACCAUACUGUUGCUAUUGCCUUUUAUUAGAGGAAACACUCUGUGAACUGUUAGAGGCCGUAACAGAACAUCUUGUCCCAUAUUGUAACUGAAUAGAGGUGUUUGGCAUUGUUUAACUUGCUGUUUUUUUUUUUUUUCUGACUUUGUUUUAGUCUUAAAACAAUACAUUUUCAAUCUGAUGUGAUACAGAGUAUGCUUUAAUUUCCCAAAUGGAUGGAUAAUGCAACAUUAUGUUGACACCCUUGCACCAAGCUAAUAUCUGUGGGACUGCUAUAUGAUUUGUAUUUAGUACCCCUGGCUCUUGUCAUCUUGUCAUCCUUUCAGAAUUAAAACCUUUUUAUAGGA